AUGAAGAUCCGGAUACGAAUGCCUGAUGGGAGGACAGAGAGGGUUGAGUGCCUGGGCAGCGAGACGGUCGAGACGGUGAUGCAGAAGCUGAGGGAGGCGGUGGAGGGCGCGGGGAACGGGAGUCUGCCAUCGGGCUCCUUCCUAUCCUUGAACAAGAAGGAUGUGUUGGGGGCAGACAGGCUGCUGAGUGACUGCGGAGUGUGCGGAGGAGAUCUCCUCUACUGCCUCUCAGCAGCACAGACGACCUCCUCCUCCUCCUCCUCCUCCUCCUCCUCCUCCUUGUCCUCGUCCUCCUCGCCAGCGGUGGUUAGAGGGGAGGGAGAGGCUGGACUUCGGCCUGCUCGCAACUUGUUUGGCCUUCCUACAGCAGCUCCGACGAGCAGCUCGGAGAGAAUCCACGAGGACACGCGAGGGAGGAGGUGGACGGAGGAAGUUCAAGUCACCAGCCGCUCGCAGGGAAGGCCAGGGGAGGUUGCCGUCCGGUCGCAGCAGGGCACAGCAGAGGAGGAGAGGCUGAAGAGGCUGAAGGCGAUCGAAAUGAGGAGCAGCAGGCAGAUCGAGAGAAAGAGCAGCGAAGAGAUGAAGGUGGAUAGUAUGCAGCUGGACAGCGCGACGUCUAGGACGAGGGUGGGGGAGGUUGGGGCAGCGAGCAAGGAGGAGGAGCUUGCUCUUUGUGUGUUUGCCGUGCUGACUGCCAUCGGAUUCGGGGAUGGAAAUCUCAGAGAAGGGUGGAGAGGUAAGAGUUCAACCUUCUCCUUCAGCUUCCCUGCGGAGCGAGCUGGGUUCCCCUGCGAACUCGCAGUGAAGUGCCUGAGGAUGAGAGACGAGUUCAUCGUACAUGCUGCUGUCGGGGAUGGUAGCAAUCCAAUCUCUCCUCGCAGUAACUGGAAGGGGCAGGAGAUCAAGUCAGGACCAGGACUCAGGUAA